UCAGUGGGGUUGUGCUCUCUACUGACGGACAUUCAUCUUUGAGCUGCUCUCACUCUGGAUGGAAUCAUGUCAAUUAACCCAGAUGUGAAACACCUGCUCCACCUGUGUCAGCAAACAAAGAUGGAGACCUACUCAUCAACUGCUGUCUGGGUGACAUUUCUAUCUUUACCUCUGCUUCUUUUGAAAUACAAAGCCCACACUGCUUCAGAACUAUAUCAAGCAGCAGCCUAUAACACCGUGAGUAAUAAUAACAGCUUGCUCUGCCUUGACGGGUUAAUGUGUGUUUAUAUAUCAAAGGUGCAAUUCGCUGAUCUUCCUCAUGCCAUUUACGUCCGAGAUGAACACAGUGGAUAUUACCAAGCCGUCGCAAUAGCAAAACACUGCCACUACUUCCUAGGUGAAAGUGAUACUUUCAUGAUCUUAACAAUUGCUUCCCAUGGCUGUUUUGUGAAAAGACAAGUAAACAUACACCACUAGUCUGACAGUAGUUAUCAUGGCACCUGAAGACAGAGGAAGAUUUGGGGUGUUCGAGUCAAUACCUCUCAUUUGUGAAUGGGGAAUUAAAGAGGCAAUCAAAGAGCGUUAUCCACCAGUGCCGAGACAGCUGUUCUGCAGCAAGGAUGGGUUUAACAUCACCAUCAACCAGAAUGCCACAGUCCCGCCUCUGAACAUGACCGAUGUCUGGAUCCCCUCCGGUCAAAGCCACAUCUGUGAACCCAGAAAAAUAUCCAAGGAUGUUGUGACUUUCCUCUUUCCGUUCACUGAUUGUGGUGCUCAGUCCAUGGUGGAAGAUGGAGUUAUAACUUACUGGGUCAACAUGGAGGCGAAACAACAUCGACAAAGAGGCUCUAUAUUUCGUGACACUCCUUUCAAUCUCACUGUGAGUUGUAGGUUUGAGCUGGUCAAAAUAACACAAGCAAGGAUCAAAGUUCAGGGAGAAUCUGAGUUCCUGUCAACUUUGAGAAACACAGAAAUACUCAGGACUGAAAUGAGGUUCGCCAGAGAUUCUUCUUACAGUUUUUUCUACUCCCCUCAAGACCCUCCAGCAGAUACUGAGCUUGGCCGGCCUGUGUAUGUGGAGGUGUCUCUUCUCAAACACGAGGAUAAGGACCUGGUGCUGCUGUUGGAUGACUGCUGGGCCACACCGACAGAAAACCUGUAUGACCCGCAACGAUGGAACCUGCUUGUCAACGGGUGCCCUUUUACUGGCGAUAGUCACAGAACCGUUGUGUUGCCAGUCGUCCCCAGCAAGGAGCUGACGUGCCCCUCUCUUCACAAAUGGUUUGUGGUCAGGAUGUUCUCAUUUGUGAAGCCCACAACAUCUGAAAACCAGGUAUAUUUUCACUGCAAUAUAGAGAUCUGUAAAAGACCAGGCUGCUUACAGUCCUGCAGCAACAAAAUGCGUAAACUAAGAAGAAUUACACCAGAGCCAGGACCCAGGAUUCUUCACAGUGUGGUCUCUGGUGGACCCCUUCUUUAUCGACUUUAAAUAUCCAGAAAAAGAAACCUGCAAUCUGAAGUCGUAUUUGGAGGCCCCAAGAUUUAUAACAGACAUGUCCUUGAUUUGUAAUAAAAACAAAUCAACUCUUUGCUAUAUUGGUCUUCGAUAGGGUCCCAUUAGGUAACUUAUUCUUGAUCGACUCAACUCAUCUGUUGAUUGUAUCAAAUAAUGCAAGUUGUCAGAAAGUCUUGUCCCAAAACUCAAAUUGGUGUGGCAGUUUUUCUACAUGAUAUCCCAUUUAUCAGAGCAGAGCAAGGCAGUCUCCUUCUCCUCUUUCGGUUGGUUUGGGUCAUUUUCUUUUCACAGUGUGAACACCUUUCACAUUUUUGUGCAAUUCAUCAGUGGAUCACGAUGAAUCACAUACCGUCACCCUCCUAAACUAAUGGCCCAAGUCAUUUUGUCCGGGUUUUCAGAAAACACAAUCAAAUUUACCAAAUGUUAAAUAUAUGAUAUUUAUUAAUAAUUUCACUCAAAAAGGUUAUAACAAUAGAUGACUAUUGACAAACUUAUAACGAUGUUUGUCAAUUAUGUAACAUAAGAGGAAUAAAUGACCUAGACCAAUUUUUUAACAUGCCUUUGUGACUUAAGCAAUUUUAAACCUUCAACACUAAUGCAUGACUAACAGACUAAAUAAAAAAUAAUGCUGAGGAGGCAUGUGCAUCUCUUUAGUUCUCCCUCUAGCUCUUCUUUGCUGGUUUCUUGACUGAUGCCUAUUAAUGUGGCAAAUUGUCAAAGAGGUGAUGACACUCAACGGGCAUGACGUUUUUCAUUGACUGGAGGUCCUGGAACUUUCUCUCCUUGAUUUGCAGAGCACAUAGAAACAUCCAACAUUACACAGAUUCUGGAGCCUUUCCACUCUUUGCUAAAUGCUAGCUUCAUGGACCUAGCUAUUUUGCUGACUAAAAUGCUGACUAAAAAGACUAAAUAACUGUGCAAUAUUUAUAGCCUAGCCUAUAUUAUAGUAACCCUCAUCACUUCCCAAUAGGGGACGAGCCAUGAAUAAUGUAUAUAACUUCAGUGGCUAAGUAGAUUUUCGUUCUAUAUGAUGUAGACGCCAUCUUGAAAAGCUUGUAAAAUUGUAAGUCACAUUCUUGACAUAGGCCAUUAUUUUACAGGGAUAGAAUCCCAAGAUCUGUUCACCUGAGGAUACGAUUUUACCAGAGGUGGCCAGCAUCAUGAGGAGAGGCCAUUAUUUUAGGAAGGUCACGAUAUUGAAGAAGUGCAUGAACGUUUACAUCAGUUUAGGCCAAAUUUUUUGUGAACUUAGUCUAAAAUAAACAAACUCCCACAUGAAAGAUGUUCUCCUCUACAUUGAGCCAUAUUUGUA